UUCUCGGAGCUUCCAGUCCUCCACGGCCUUAUCGUUACCUCAGUGAUGUCUUGGAUUCGAGCUGCUCCUUUGGUGCCUGGCAGUGGAAAGGAGGGGGAAGUGUUUGACGAGGAAGCAGAUGAGUCGCUCCUGGUGCAGCGAGAAUGGCAGAGCCACAUGCGGAGACGAGUCAAAGAAGGCUAUAGAGAUGGACUAGAGGCUGGCAAAGCAGUUACUCUUCAACAAGGCUUCAAUCAAGGUUAUAAAGAAGGUGCAGAAAUCAUUAUGAACUAUGGACAACUCAGAGGAACUUUGAGUGCUUUGCUCUCCUGGUGUCACCAUCACAAUAAUAGUUCAGCUUUGAUCAGUAAAAUAAAUAAUCUCCUGGAUGCAGUUGACCAGUGCGAAGAGCAUGUGCUCAAACAUCUGAAAUCAAUCACCCCACGGCCCCAUGUUGUCGAUUUAUUGGACUCCAUUCAGGAUAUGGACCUUUGUCAUGGAGUUUCAGCUGAGAAAAAGAUUGAUGAAGCUAAAGAUGAAAGACUCUGGGAAAAUAAUGCUGAGUUUAACAAAAACUGUAGCAAGAGUCUUAGCGGGGUAGAUUGUUCAUCUUCAGAAUGUUGUGGAAUACAGGAGAAUGCACGUUCUGAAAAUCCAAGCCUCACUUGGAUUUUAGAACAGACAGCCAAUUUAGUAAAACAGCUGGGAGUAUCAGUAGACAUAUUACAAUACCUCAAGCAACUUUGAAAAUUAUCUUCUUUUCUAGUGAAAAUAACAUUCAGAACAUUCCGUAGAACAUUUUACCUGUUAACAAGUUUACCAAAAUUUGUACUGGGUUUCUACAUUGAACACUUCGCUAUCCUUCAUGGAAAUUUGAAACAUGUUUAGAAUUAACACUAUUAAAUGCAAUAUAAGCCUU